CGCCCCGCUGCGCCUGCUUCUCACACGGGGGAGGAGACAGACCAUCCCUUAGCACAAUCAUGGCGAUAUUAACUCUCUCGGCCGACUAGUGGCACAAAGGGAAAGUGCCGCUCAGGUCCGAGUCGGUGACUGCAGCUUUCUGCCGUCACAGCGCAUUUCCCUGUUACAAAGAGCCCCGGCCGUGCCCGGGAGAGCCGGCCACGGCGAAAGGCACCCCGUGAGCGAGCCUUGGGAGCGGGACGCCGGCCCGGCCAGGCAGUUAUGCUGCUAGCGCGUUCCUUGAGUGAGGGGCCUGCGCCGAGAUAAGAAAGACCCGCAUCCUUCGGAUGCCCUAGACCGCCCUUCCUUUAGCCGGAGAACUUAAUGAGUAAUGGAUGUGCCUGUCUGGCCGAUAGAAAGUAUUUCCACAGCCUGCGGGUGUGUUUAGAGAGAGCCGGAGAGAGACCGCAGGCAGCAAUUUGUCUUCUUAGGAGCCUCUCACCAUGAUCGAUAGCUCCAAGAAGCAGCAACAGGGCUUCCCGGAGAUUUUAACUGCGGGGGAUUUCGAGCCAGUCAAAGAGAAGGAAUGCCUUGAGGGGAGCAACCAGAAAAGUCUUAAGGAAGUGCUCCAGCUGAGGCUCCAGCAGAGAAGGACGAGAGAACAGCUGGUGGACCAGGGCAUCAUGCCACCUUUGAAGAGCCCAGCUGCAUUCCAUGAGCAGAUAAAAAGCUUGGAACGAGCCAGAACUGAAAACUUCUUGAAGCAUAAGAUUCGGAGCCGACCAGAUCGUUCUGAACUUGUCAGGAUGCACAUUUUAGAAGAAACAUUUGCAGAACCAUCCCUGCAGGCUACUCAGAUGAAGUUGAAAAGAGCUCGACUAGCGGAUGAUCUGAAUGAAAAGAUUGCUCAAAGACCCGGUCCUAUGGAGCUGGUAGAGAAAAACAUCCUUCCUGUAGACUCCAGUGUUAAGGAAGCAAUUAUAGGCGUUGGGAAGGAGGACUAUCCUCAAACUCAGGGCGAUUUCUCAUUUGACGAAGACAGCAGUGAUGCUCUGUCUCCAGAGCAGCCAGCCAGCCAGGACUCGCAGGGGUCAGCCGCUUCCCCGACUGAGCCGCAAGUUAGCGCAUCGCCGUCUCCUGUGACUACAAACACCCCAGCCCAGCAGUUUACUUCAGUGUCCCCAGCAGUUCCUGAAUUCUUGAAAACUCCUACUCCGGAUCAGCCCCCGACCCGGUCCCCAGCUCCUGUCCUCCCCACAAACGCGGUGUCCUCUGCAAAGCCCGGUCCAGCACUGGUGAAGCAAAGCCAUCCCAAGAACCCUAACGACAAGCACCGUAGCAAAAAGUGCAAAGACCCCAAGCCACGGGUAAAGAAGCUGAAGUACCACCAGUACAUCCCGCCCGACCAGAAGGGGGAGAAGAGCGAGCCGCAGAUGGACUCCAACUACGCCCGCCUGCUCCAGCAGCAGCAGCUCUUCCUGCAGCUCCAGAUCCUGAGCCAGCAGCAGCAGCACUACAACUACCAGACCAUCCUGCCCGCGCCGCUCAAGCCACUCAAUGACAAAAAUAACAACAGUGGUAAUUCAGCUCUGAACAACACCACGCCUAACACACCAAGACAGAAUCCGCCUGCUCCCGUGAGAAAGCCGGGACCUCUGCCUUCUAGCUUGGAUGACCUAAAGGUGUCGGAACUGAAGACGGAGCUGAAGUUACGGGGCCUUCCGGUGUCAGGCACCAAACCAGACCUCAUCGAACGCCUGAAGCCCUACCAGGAAGUGAACAGCAGCGGUGUGGCUGCCGGCAGCGUCCUGGCGGUGCCAGCGUCUGCCAUCGUCACCAGCAACCCCGAAGUCACCGUGGCACUGCCGGUGACAACGCUGCACAACUCCGUGACGAGCUCAGGCUCCUCUUUCAAGGCAGAGCUGCCGCCUGCCGGAGCCAGCAGCGUCGCCCACGUCGAGAGUGUCACUUCCCCUCUGCCCAUCUCGCCGUCCCCCUCCGAGCAGUCCAGUCUCGGGACCGAGGACACAAGCAUGGCAGACACGUUCACCGAGAUCAUGACCAUGAUGUCUCCUGCGCAGUUCCUGUGCUCGUCGCCUCUGAGAGUGACGGGCAGCGAAGAGAGCCCGAGUCCCACCAGCAGCACGCUGUCGAGCCUGGAACUGGAUGCGGCCGAGAAGGACCGCAAGCUGCAGGAGAAGGAGAAGCAGAUCGAGGAGCUAAAGCGGAAACUGGAACAGGAGCAGAAGCUCGUGGAGGUUCUGAAAAUGCAGCUUGAGGUUGAAAAGCGAGGGCAGCGGCAGCAGCCGCCGCUGGAGCCCCAGCCCGGCGCCCCCACCGCUUCAGCCAGCAAGCUGGACCCGAAGCUCGGCGGGGUCGGCUCCUCCGUCAAGGACGAGGCGGCGCUCCCCGACUGCUCCAGCCCCAGGCAGCCUGGGCCGCUGGCCGGCCACCCUGUAGGCCAGCCCGUCUCCACGGGCGGCCAGAACCUCGUUGCCAAAAAGGCCGUAGUGAUCAAGCAGGAGGUCCCCGUGGCCCAGGCGGAGCAGCAGAGCGUCGUCCCGCAGUUUUACGUGAGUUCCCAGGGACAGCCGCCGCCUGCCGUUGUCGCUCAGCCUCAGGCUUUACUGACCACACAGACCGCUCAGCUGCUGCUGCCGCUGUCCGUCCAGGGCUCCAGUGUCACCUCAGUGCAGCUCCCAGUAGGCAGCCUCAGACUCCAGACUCCAGCACAAGCAGGAAUCCAGACUCAGCCUCAGCCUCAGCCUCAGCCAGCAGCCACCACCCUGUCCUCAGGCUUAGCCCAGACUGUACCUCAGAAGCCAGACACUUUCACGCCACAUGUGCUCAGUCAGCCUCAGCAAGUUAGAAAGGUUUUCACGAACUCGGCAUCAAAUUCAGUUCUUCCAUAUCAGAGACCACCUGCUCCAGCGGUCCAGCAGCCCUUUGUUACCAAGACCUCCGCCAGCGUUCUUCAGUCCCGAGGCACCCCACUUCCCGCCCUGCAGAACGGACCCCCCGCCCCCACCAAGCCUGGUUCGCCCCCUCCGCCCCAGCAGUGCGUCGUCCAGCACUCCCUGUUUGGGAGCCCGGUCCCCAAGACGAAAGACCCUCCCCGCUACGAGGAGGCCAUCAAGCAGACGCGCGGUGCCCAGUCCUCCCUUCCAGAGGUAACAGCUGUAAAACCUGGUCAUGAUACAAAAAACACUAACAUGAAGGCACUGAAGAAUGAACUGAUGCAGUCAUAUUCUGGUGAAGAGCCCAGGCUCCGGGCAGCGGAGAUUUCCAAUGCGCACAGUCAGCAGAUGGAUGACCUCUUUGAUAUCCUCAUUAAGAGUGGAGAGAUUUCCCUCCCUAUAAAAGAAGAGCCUUCUCCUAUUUCCAAAAUGAGACCAGUGACAGCCAGCAUCACCACGAUGCCAGUCAACACAGUGGUGUCCCGGCCACCACCCCAGGUCCAGAUGGCACCACCUGUGUCCUUAGAGCCCCUGGGCAGUUUAUCUACCAGCCUAGAGAACCAGCUAGAAGCUUUCCUGGAUGGAGCUCUCCCUUCGGCCAAUGAAACUGCUCCGCUGCCAAGCAGUGGUGACGACAGAGAGCCCUUCUCUCUGAUCGAGGACCUCCAGAAUGAUCUGCUGGGCCACUCGCACUCCCCCAUGGAGACUUCGGAAGCUCAGUUCGCUGCAAGUACUCCCUGUCUGUCGCUUGACCUUUCCGACUCAAACCUGGACAACAUGGAGUGGCUGGACAUCACCAUGCCCAACACGUCAGGACUCACCCCCCUCAGCGCCACCGCUCCCAGCAUGUUCUCCACUGACUUUCUAGAUCCACAAGACCUGCCGUUGCCAUGGGACUAACGUCACAGAUUUCCCGUCCGAGUUCAUGACGUCUAGGAAGAGGAAGGGCAUUCGGAUAAGGGCAGUUUUUAGAGACAGAUACAUAGCGGCGUUGUUGCAAUUAAAAUAUGUUGUCAUAGAAAAGGGUGGCAAGAUGGUCACAGCCUGGAAGCCACAUGUGCAAACAUGGCAUCGCCUCCAGCAGUGAAUUUCUACCGUUAACAUGGCGCAGGGCCCUCGGAAAAGUCUCUGCUCAAAGAAGACUCCUUUGUUUCUCUAGACUUGAGUACAGAACGUGGAGUACCUUUAGACAAAGGCGGGACAGAGAGUGCCGGGUGCAGGAGAGCGACCCGAGGACUCUCUCCCCACCACCUUUACCCUCUGUGGUCACUGUAAGACCCCGAGUAAAAGGCAGGCAGCCCCGCUCACAAGACGGUGCCAGGUGCGGGAGGCGGGAGGCCACUGCGCGCGCGGCGCCUCCUACAACCGGCCUGGCCUCGGCGGCACUGAGCCCCAGCCGGGCCUCACGCCAUCCCCGCUGCAGCCUUCCGGUUCCAUCCAGAAAGCACCACCAUUUGUUUUGUGUUGUAGUUUAUUUUGUGAUUUGGGGAAUCUUACUUUAGAUCCCAGAUUUCAGUUUAAAUGGAUGAUCUUUCACCAUCACCAGACAAUGUAUAAAAUACUGUCAUAAACCACUGUACAAAGUCCACAUAUAACGAUAACACUGAAAAUUCUAUUAGCAACCCUCGGGUUGAUUAGAUUGAUUUUCAUGUGUAUAUUAGCCAUGUGUAUGUACGCUCUGACAUUGUGGGAUGUACAGCCUACACUGGGGUAAGGAAUUGGGUAUCCAGUGGUUCUACUUGUUUUAAUAACUCGAAUAUUUCUAGAGUACUUGAGCCAUGUGUAUUUCUGUAUUUAAAGAAAAGCUGACUGAUUUCAGGUAACCAGACCCAUCUCAGAGAACCCAGGAAGGCUCCAGUGUGAACCAUCCUUCGGAGCUGGUGAGUUGCAAAGAAGGGGCAGGAGGCUGUCAUCAGCCAGGACAUUCCUGCGGCGGCUCCGAGUUAGACUCUCACCAGGCGGGCCCCCAGCCCCCAGCUCUGGCCGCCUCUUCCGUUGCUCUUUCCUGUCAUUUUAGAGGCUUGUAACUGGACGGCAUACCCGAGCUCUCGCCAUACUAUCAAGCCGAGGACUGAGAAACUGGAGGUUUUAUUCGUUUUGUUUUUUUUUUAAUAUAGAAGUUAUCACGUUUGUUGAGUAGUUUGAGUUUUCUAAAAUGCCAACUAUCAUGGGACUUCCAAAAUUAUGUCAAGCUAGUCAUUUAAGUAUACGAUAAAGUGUACAUAACUGAAGAAAAACCCUGAAAUCUACCAAAAAGUGUGAAGGUGUUUGUUAAAUACCAUUGUCUCACUUUGUGUGAGCCCCGGGGGGUCCCGUCGCUUCCUCUGGGCCAUUAAGUGGGCCUGUCCCCCCGGCGACAGGGAGGAGCCAGCCUGACCCAUUACUUGGAAAGAACUGAGGACCCACUGCUGGGUUUGCGUUCUGCCACAGAGCUGACCUUAUUUCAGAUUUUUAGUUUGGUUUCCAGAUUUUACUCUCGGCAAGGCAAGUCUGUGUUCCCGGUAUGCAGUCGCCCAGAACACUGGAGCCCUCUGCUCACUGGCGCUUCCCAACUUGAAAGCACUUCUGAGUGGUUCAGGGCAGAAUUGGUCAUGCUCGGUGUGGUCCGAGUGAGUAGUUUAAAUGUUUAGGAACUGGUCAACCAACGCAUGGACUCUAGUAACUUUGUUAACCAGAACGCAUGCGCGUGAGCAAGGUCAAGGGCAGCAGCCACCUUCCGCAAAGGGCCCGUCUCCGAGGACAGGGCUGUUCGCUCGGGCAGGCACUUCUCUCGGGAGCUCGUGGCUAGGGGCCUUCUGGGGUGCAUCUAGUCCGCGCAUGGACUGAGCAUCGUCUUUAUUCAGAUGUGAACAGCUUAUUAGAUCACACCAAAUAUCCGUGGGACUGCAGCAGGCAGCCGAUCAGCCCGUGCUGCGGCUCCCGUCCACCUCCCGCUUCUGUCGUCCUGAGCAGCGAGCAUGGGGUCCAAGCCCUCAGCCCCCCUCAUUGCUUUCGUAAAGUAGGGUCUGCAACAUGCCCCAGGAAGGCUGCUCUCCAAACAAACAGACACACUGCCGUGCAGAGAAUGCCACCUCCCGGGCCUUUCUGUCCACCAUGAAGUGCAAGGGCGGCCACGUCACACGUGUGCUUACGCCGUCACAUGCAGGGCUUCCUCGGAAGGGGAAGCGUGGGCUCUCCCAUCGGGAGCUCCCCUGGCCCCCCCGCUCGCGCCGUUCUGUAGGGCCCGCCUGUCCCGGCAUCCGUGCACCCAGGGUGCCAGCUCCGUGUCCUGGGUCACAGUGAGGGCACAGCGUGACGCGACCAAAGAGGACAUGGUAAUCAAGCCCCCCCACCUGACUCGGUGGACGUAAUGCUGAGGACAGCAGGAGGGGCGGUCACCACAGAGGACUGUGUCUGAGGGGAGUCUCACAGCCCUCGAAGCCCAGGGCAGAAUGGCUGGGGGGGGGGGGGUGUUCAGUGUGCACGCGGGGUAGUCUAGUGUAGGCCGGGUAGCACUGUACGUUGCCUCGCAGAGUACUGUUUGCCAAGGAAACAGCCAGCUCCCGGACAUGCAUGUCUCCUCACACCCCGUCUUCCUUCCCUAAAUGUUCCUGAAACGCGACAGUCCCAAGCCUGCCUUUCGAGUGUCUGCAGGUAUCAGUCACGUCAUGGGGGCCGGACGAAUCCAAAGUUACCCCAACGCAUCUCCGCUCUCUGGAAACCCGGGGCACAUGGGCCCCUCGUACAUCUCCACAAAGCAUGUCUAAGGAGCCACUGCAGACAGGUCAUGAGUGGCUCACGUUCUAGCAUUUUCCUGAAUUGUGCGAUCUACUGUACAGUAUUUCCCACGUAUUCGUACAAAGAUAAAGUCUCAGUUCGUGGGAUGUCUUGCUCAGAUGCUUUGUGUUUCAGAGGACCAUUUUCAUAGCACUAGAGAGGUCUCAUUUCCAUUUCCUUUCUCAACUGCACAGUUCUGGGAUCCGUGUCGCUGAGGCUCUAGGAGGUGUGGUUUCGGGACCGGGGUGCAGGCGGCCUGCUGCUGCCUCCAAGCUGCCGCCUACUGAAAGCAAAGUCAUGGCAGUAAGAUAGCGCCUCGUAACUGUGCAGUCAGCAGGCCCGCGGGCCGUACUGGCGGCGUGUUGCCCAUUCUGGCACCAAAGUUCACUCAGGCUCCCUCUGCCCUCGAUCCCAGAUCAUUCCAGGCCACAUGGCUCUCUUCAGAGCCCUUUCAGAAUUCCCAGGCCGAAACCAGCCCCUAGACCUGGCCAAGCAGCCAUCCCCACAAACGGGACAGUCCCUCGAGUCCGCGAACAGACUUGGCCGCAGAGAAGCGGUGAAGGCCACGGGCCCGCCUGGCCUCACCAGGCUCCUGCUGGCCGUCGGGGCCUGUGGCACCACCGGGGACUUUUUAGAGAAGUUUGGCGAGAACAACCGUUCAGUGUCUACCAGCAGAAGGUCAGGGGUCCACUGAUCCCGAUCUACAAGUGACCCUCCAUCUCUGCAGCGCUGUGCAGCCUGACUCCUGGCAACAGAGCGGAACACCACACAGACCGUCCGCCACCGGGGAGGCCACGCAGUUAGCCCACAUCAUCAGAGAACAUUAACUGGAAGGUCAGGUUUAUCAGGGAGCACAGCUUUCAAGUGCAGACGUGUGUAUUUGGAGAGCAUCCUACUCACAUUUCAGCUCGUCCUCUCAGUGGUUUCGGUCAAAACUGGAAAGUAACAAGACGCGUAGCUCUCUGUCCUGGUCCCACCCUUGCUCGCUCACCGGUCCGUCCCGGCUCCCCUUCUCGUUUGUGAAGUGACUGCCUGCAUGACACUAAAAGGUCUCUGUGUCUUCCCCCCGCGCCCGUGCCUGCAGUGCUUGAGGCAUACUUGGCACCACUGCAGUCUCCCUACCUGCGCUCAGAGCUGACUCGGGGCCUGCAGUUCGUAAAGCUGCACAUGUUUACAGAAGGGCGCUUACCCUCCACACUAACACAUCGCUCUGCGCAUCAGUAGCGGGAAAGGCCCCAGCUCUGUGACACGAGGGUGGCGGUCUCAGGCCAAAGGUGCUGUCUGGAGUCAAAAUAGGUCACUGGCGAUAAUCAACACAGCUGUUGUGCUUAACAGAGCUUUGUGCCAACUAUGAAGACAAAGUUUUAACCAAGUUCACAGGAUCACCGAGACUCGUAACAAUUACCUCUCUACAGAAACUUGCUAACUUGGUAGGAGGAGGGAACAUUUAGGGAAGGGUUUAGUAUCUACCAAAAGUACUUAACCUCAAGUAACCAGUAGUAAUGCAAACUUGCUUUAAAGGAACCAAAGGCAUUGCCAAGUAUUUGCCAAAAGGAGGCACUUUUUAUUUAAAAUUUGAGACUAAUGAGCUCUCAAGAAUCAGUCCCAAAAAAGGUAUUAUCCAUUUAAGGUUAUAAUUUUCACAAAGAUGUAGAUAUUCCUCUGUUGUUUUCAUGUAAAAUAGUAUAGAUUUGUUUUGUUGGUUUAAGAAGAAUGCAUAUUUAGUAGUAAUACAGAAUUUCUUCCUAAGUAGAUUAGUUUCCUUUUUUUCUUGCUUGCAGCAGAAACACAGCGUGAUAGGUGUUUCUCUUCUUAUUUUCAUUGUCACAUCAUGUCUUAGCAUCUCACUUUAUGAAAACAAGGAGAAAGAUACCGAUCUGCAGAGCCCCGCGUACUAAAGCACUCGCCUAAUAAACAAAAAAUUAUGGCAAUCGGGGGUCCAUUCGUGUAUUGCCUUUAUGUUGUUUCUUAAAAGAAAAAACCAUGAUGCCUUUGUAUUUGCUGUUUGCACCCCUGAAAUCAAUUCCGUAUCAUGUCUGAACGCCAUACAUUUUGCACAUGUACUGUACAUAGGUAACGCAUACUGUAUUUUUAUAUGUGUGCACACUGCUCAUCAGAUCUUUUGUACAUAGUGGCAGUAUCGUAGCCGAUCGGGAAACGUUUGAUAUCUCAGCAAUUUUGCAUUUUUUGUGUCUCAAAUAAAAAACAUUUUGAUGUA